CAAUUUGAAGUGUCAAUGUCCCAGCUUGUUAAAGUGGAUGAAGUUAAUCAGAUUAUGGCAACCAAUCUAUGGUUGAAACAUAUAUGGAAUGAUUACAAGUUGAAAUGGAAUCCAACUGAUUAUGGAGGCAUAGAGUUCAUUCGAGUUCCUGCUGAUCAGAUCUGGAAACCAGAUAUUGUUUUGUACAAUAAUGCAGUUGGAGCUUUUCAGGUGGAUGACAAAGCCAAGGCCUUACUGAAAUAUACAGGAGAUGUCACCUGGAUCCCGCCGACUAUUUUCAAGAGCUCCUGUAAAAUUGAUGUCACCUACUUUCCCUUUGACUACCAGAACUGCACCAUGAAGUUUGGCUCGUGGACAUACGACAAAGCAAAAAUCGAUCUAGUAAUGAUUGGUUCUGCCAUCAACCUAAAAGAAUUCUGGGAGAGUGGAGAAUGGGUCAUUAUCAAUGCACCUGGUUAUAAACAUGAAAUUAAGUACAACUGCUGCACAGAAAUUUAUCAAGAUAUUACAUAUUCCUUAUAUAUUAGACGUCUUCCUUUAUUCUACACAAUUUAUAUGAUUAUCCCCUGUCUUCUCAUCUCUUGUUUAACCAUUUUGGUUUUUUACCUACCCUCAGACUGUGGAGAGAAGGUUACCCUCUGUAUGUCUGUUCUAUUAUCAUUAACUGUAUUCUUACUAGUUAUAACAGAAAUUAUCCCAUCUACUUCAUUAGUGAUUCCCCUUAUUGGUGAAUAUUUACUUUUUACAAUGAUAUUUGUAACACUCUCUAUUGUCAUAACCGUGUUUGUGUUAAAUGUACAUUACAGAACACCCACAACUCAUAUUAUGCCCUUAUGGGUAAAAAAGGUCUUUUUAGAUAUGCUUCCAAAAAUAAUGUUCAUGACAAGACCUCUAAAAAACGGAAUGGAUGUUGCAAAGCCGCCAUUAAAUGCAGAGAUUUUUAACAUAAAUAGUAUCAGCAGCUCUGAUAGCAGAAGUUAUAAGGAGGAAUUGUUUUAUAAAGACAGCGCUUGCUCUUGUGGACUAUUAAAAAAUUUGUAUAACUCUGAUGUCGCAUGUAACCUUACAAGGGGUUCCAGCAUGGAAUCAGUGGACAAUGCCAUUUUAAAUCAAGGAUUAUCCCUGGAAGUUAGAGAAGCAAUUGAAAGUAUUUGUUUUAUAGCAAAGAACCUACGAAUACAGAAUGAAGCCAAAGAGAUUCAGGAUGACUGGAAAUAUGUUGCUAUGGUAAUUGAUCGGAUCUUCUUGUGGGUAUUCCUGCUAGUCUGCAUUUUGGGAACUGCUGGACUUUUCUUGCAACCUUUGAUGUUCUGA